AUGCACAAGGCGCGAGUCAGCGAUAAAAUUUGUUUAAAUUUUCGACCCUCUGGCACCUUUUCGGAUUGUCUUAAAGGUCUUCUGGAUUCUCACAGCCCGGAGUCUGAAUCCGAGACGAAUGAUGACUCAGAUCUAAUCGACGGCAUUGCUGAUGAAACGCCUCAGUUGGUGGACGCACAUUCCCCGAUGGAAAUUGGGGAACCCAUUUCAGAAAGUGAUAUUAACUUUGACAGAUCACUCCCUGGCAGACACACAUAUCUUGGCGAAGAUUCCGUGGCAAUCGAUACAACCAAUCAUCAGGAGCCUGGAACUGUUGUUUCACUUCAUAUGCUGCACAAGCCGGGCAUUGUUUUGAUUCCCGGUUACACGCUGCCUCUGUCAUUUACCAGCUACACAGAAGAGGAGCUUGUGAACACUUACCGUGAUCCAGUGGCCAUAUUACCAGGUUGCUUUACUCGACCCAUCCCGUCGGAUUUUGUUGGCCAUAUUGCCACUAUCGCCUAUCUCGUGACUAUCCGAUUCAGUGGAUCAAGGUGCAGCCCUGUUCUUCUCGGUCGACAACGUCUGCGCAUCAUGGAAAUUCAGAUUUCUUCCUCAGAUAAUAGCGUUUUCUGCAAGGGACUGGUUCUUCCAGAGACUUUGAUGGAUGGAGCAUCGUUGGGUCCCAUAAGUAGACUUGCCAUACCUCCUUCCUGGUGUCGCUUUGCCUCCGAACCUGACUUUAUCUUCUCACCCUUGUCAUCAAACGAUCAAUCUCAAAGUCCAGAGCCACGUGUCAUCCCCUACCCUUUGCCCGGAGAUGCUUUUGGCGUCUUUGAUGCUUCGCGUAGCACCUGGUGCCUUCCUACCUCUAUCCCGGAUGCUGGUAGUGACGGAAAUGAUUCCCUUCAACUUCAAAACCCUUGUCGCCUGCCCUGUCGGCGAGACAUCCUGGCCGCAGCAGCCGAUUGUACGACUCCUCACCCCCCAUGGGUCUACCGACAGUACGAUCUGCCCUUCCUGAUUGCCGAGAUUCGAGCCGAACUCUCACGGUGGACUAAUACCUGGCAAAUGGACAAAUGGAAUCCCUCACUUGCAGUGCCAUUUUCUUAUUGGCUGCUGCAAAACCUCCCCCUUACAUGUGUUCAAAAAGGAGAACUCUUAAAAAUCGAUCAUGUGGUUCAGCGGCUGCGAGCCUGUCUUCAGUUCAUCCGAUCGUGCUCUGAGCUUGCCUGCUCCCGAUGUAAAGCUGCAAUAUCCUCUCAGAAGAAUGUUAUUUGCUUGUCGCACGAGGGCUCAACGCUGGCCUACGUGAACCCACAUGGUUUUAUCUUCGAUAUGCUCACCCUCAGUACAGUUCAUCCUGAUUCCAUCGAUUUGAUUGGUGCCCCCACUGCUGAAUACUCAUGGUUUCCUGGAUAUGCGUGGACAAUCGCACAAUGCGGAGCCUGCAACAGCCAUAUGGGCUGGCGGUUCACUGCCACUUCUGAUAACCUUCGACCUCGUCUCUUCUGGGGUAUCAAGCGUCAGGCACUUGUGCACACUGCUGAAGAGGAAACGGAAGUCAGACUCUAA